AUGAAGUUGGCAGUUCUCUCAGUUUUGGCUCUUGUCUUUAUGUUGAAUACUUUUGUCCUGGCUCAAAACCACUGGAUGUGUACUUGCUUUGAACCCAAGUACGAUCGUGGAUGUUGUGCCGAAGUCGGCUACCAUAUGAUGGUUGAUGGCAAUGUCUGUAAAAUUGGUCGUAAGGAUGUCAAAAGCAAGGAGAAAUUCGAGAAAUGUUGCCAUGGUAUUAGUGGCAGAACCAAGUGUAAAUAA